UUCAGUCGCCUUAUCUAAUGUAGGUAUGUAUUUCCUAAUAACUCUAUUGUAGCAGUUUGUAUAUUGAUUGAUUUGAAGAAACUGUGAAGAUCAUCAUGGCCAAAAAGGCUCGCCUGAGAAGUCAGAUAGUGACUGUCCAAGAAAGAAUGAAAAGGACUGCUAGGCUUAUAAGGAGAAGAAACUCAGGCACAAAUCUGGCAAUUCUUUAUGGACCAGGAGAUAUUGGCGAACAAUGGUGUAAUUUCAUCAAUCAUAUGUUCACAGAAGAUUUACCUGAAGAAUACAGGGAUAUGAACCUGGAUUUUGUCGAAGAAAGCAUAACAAAUUUGGGAGAGGAUGAUGUAUGCAACAUAAAUAACUGUGAAUAUAAAAUGCUUUUACUUGACGCAGAAGCUCUCAAAGUAUUAAAAGAUGAACAGUCAACCUUCAGAAAAUGUGAAUUGAUGGAAACACAGCAAGAACAAGUCAUUGUUCUUCUACUUGGAAGUGAAGAUGAUCUCACAUUUAUUCAUAAUGCCAGAGCUACUUUAGCAUUGCUGAAAGAGAACGAAGCAUAUAAUAUCAUUCAAGCAAAGAAUUCAGAGCAAAUCUUCACAGAAAUCAUGACAAUUUUAUCACCACUGUAUGUUGUUCCACAUCCGAAUAUUUUGAGUUCAGAAGAUAGAGAACAACAUUUGACGCUGCUCAGUAACAAACCUUUUCCUACUCAUCAUUUUGUUCAAUACAUCAUUGAAUUUUCAUUGGGAAAAAAUACGAAGGAGAUGGAAGCAUCAUUAUUCAACCCUUAUACCUUGCUGGUUCAAAAUAUAACUCAUCCACCAGGACUUGUCACCGUGAAGAUUUUCUGCGUCGUUCAUAAUCCUCACACACCUAACGAUAUUACUGAUGUAUCGAGGACACAGAUGGGGGAAGAUUUGCAUGUCUGGUUUCAAUCGGAUUCUGAUAAAGUUUAUUCGAUUCUUGAUUCGCAAGCAAAUCCGAUAGCAUUCCUCUGCCAAGCUAUGCAUGUCUCAGAACGUAGAGAUCCAGGAAGAACACCAGAAGGCAUGAUUGACAAAUUGCUGACUGAAUCUUUCAAGAAAAAUGUUCCCGACAACAAGUUGUCAAUUGUAUUCGGCAAUGAUCAACAACUGGGUGAGGAUCAAGAUGGAAAUCGAGAAGAAUAUGUUCCCACCCUUCUCCAUUUUUCUGCCAUGUACGGACUUCGCGACUUGACAACUAACUUGCUACGAUGCCCUGGUGCAGUGCAAGCUUACGGUACAGCGAACUGUGAUGGUGAUUAUCCCACAAAUCUGGCAGAAAAAUCGGGACACUGGGAUCUUCGAGAUUUCAUGCAAACAUAUAUGGAAGUGGCAGCGAUGGUUCACGAUAAUUAUGGCAACAAAGGCAAUAUGCAAACGUCUGAAAUCAUGUCAAGUAUGGUGUACGGGCAAUAUUUAAGCUUCGCAGGAGACGUCGGCAUUCCUGAAGAUAUCUAUGUGGCCAUUGGGGAUGGUUUUAUGUCAAAUGUGAACACACCUCCAGGUUAUGUACCUAUGCAACCAGCAGCCGUAUCACAUGAUCUGCCACAGAGUGUUGAUUAUGAUUACACCUUGAGAAGAAUUUUGGAAGGCGAUGAGCCAGAAAAAGAAUAUGAGAUGCUUGAUAGCCCGUUACAAAUACCUCCUAUUCCUGGUGAAAGACGUAAAAGUACUUUUAUGUGUGCACCUGUGAAUGAAGAACCUCCUCUUCCACCACCAAGAGAACCAAAGCUACCACCCAGAGAAUCAAUUGACCCACAAACUGCAAUGUUGACUCUCCCAAAGUUUUCAUCCAAUAUGUCUCCAGCACAAGAAGAGUUAAUCUCAUUGCAAAAGAAAGUCAAAUUGGGAGAACUUACAAUCAAUCAGGCCGUUUUUCGCUUCAAAGAAUGGGAGAGAAAACACAAAGAGACUGCAGCUUCAUUCCAGUAUCAACAAGAAAAUCUACAUAGACUAAGAAUUAGUUUGAUGAAAAGUAGAGACGAAAGAAAGCAACGAGGAGACAGUGGUUCCAUCAAAAUAUCAGAACCUCUCGUCGCAGGAUCGUCAACGUAUGACAAAGUAUUGCUGAAGACUAGACGAGAGGUCAUGGUGGAUGCUUAUGGAGGAAUCGGAGAAAAAACUCCAAACAGAUCUAGUAUUGAGCGACGAGGUGACAUAACAAGACAAAAUGAAUAUUCACACGGACCAAGCAGAAAUUCUUUUGGAAACAGCUUCAAGAAACAUCCAUCAUUUGUUCGUGGUAGGCCACCUCCCUCUACACCAGAUAAUGUGUCAGAUAGAUUAUCAAGAUUGUCUCUCAGCUCAACGGGUUCUUCGAUCAAAUCUACAGGAUCAGAGGGCAGUAACCCACCGCUUGGUUCUAUAUUAGCAUCCAUUCAUGCAAGAGCAAACAGUCCAUUGCCCCCACGCCCCACUAAAAACAACAGCAUGUCAGAAUUUGGUCGACCUUUGACUACCAGUCAAGUGAUGCCAAGUCACCCUGAACCUUGGAAUCCAUACAGUCAUGGCAGCAGUGGCGCCGCAUACAGUCAUGGCAGCAGUGGUGCCGCAUACAGCCAUGGCAGCAGUGGCCCUAUGUACAGUCAUGGCGCUGAAGCUCCACCACCUGUGCCACCACGAGAUGAUCAAGAGUUUCAUCGACCGAAUGUACCACCAAGAAAUCCAAGAUACAAAUAAGUCCAUUCAAAUAUGCAAUAAAGCUAAGAUCCCAGUGCAAUAUAAUGGAAAAUUUUCUAGUAAAACAUUAAAUGUAACUCAUUAUUAGUAUUGAAAAUUUAUUCUCUGAAUUGUGAAAUCAGCAAUGAAAUUAUUUUUGAUGUUAUCUGAUUCUCCCGUUAUGAGUGCUGCAGUGUCAGGGUAAACAGUUUCCAAUCAAGUGAAACUUGACUAUUUAUUUAAUCAUUAGUCAUAACUCAUAAAAAAGAUUGGAAAAUAUAAACUGUAACUUACAUACCAUAGGGCCUACUGGAUUAUGAGACACAACAGUUUUGAGCAGUUUAAGAUGUCUGGUUAUUUAUAAAAAAAUAGUACUGGUUUUGAGUGAAGGCGAUAAAGUACUACCUGAUCCAUAUACUGGGUACACUGGCUUAUUAGGCGCGAUUGAUUUUUGAGGAAAAAAUCGGAUUCAGAGUGAGCCUUGUGGUCCUUAAAUUACGGUAAUCUUACAGAACUAUCUAAUCAAAAGUUUUCUUUUUUUUUUUUUCAAUAUCCACCUAUUUUAAAAUUGAAAUUGCAGAAUUGAAACUGCCAGAACUGCUAUUCCCUAUUUCUUUCUAUAUUCUUGAAUCAUGAAUUUGAUUCAAUGGCUUUUUCGAAACUUUUUGAAAUAUUGCAUACUGGAAAUGUGAGCAAUAGACGAAUAUUUCAUUAUUCAAUUGGAUCGAAGAAAAAUUUAAAUACUUUGCCAUCAGCUAUGCUUUUGCAGAGUUGUAGUUGACAAUCAUGGCCAAAAUAAUUUUCGCCUUUUUUCUCAUGCAUGUUGUUUGUUUAUAUGUACAUAUAUACUUUUAAUAGACUCUUUAUUUAUUAUAAAAGUUUUAAAUUAGAGAUUCACUAUUCUUCCAUGACUUUUCACCGCCACUUAACAUUGUGUUUCAGUUUUUUUGUUUUCUGAAUGUUCUUUAUAUAUUUGAAUAUGUGUUUGCAAACAGAGAUUAUAGUGACCUUACAUUUUUAUUAAUUGUUUUGCUAUGCAGAGUCCUACUACCCAAGUCUAAAUUAACAUUCCAUAACGACCUGGCCUUGGUUGCGGGCUAUGCAAUAAUGCAGUGGUUUUCAACUGGUGUUCCGCGGAACGGGAUCUUCAGAUGCCCCGCGAAAAAUUGUUAAAAUAUUUGUUACAAAUUAAACAAAAUUAAAUCAUGACAAAGUCAAGUAGAAAUCUAAUUACGUUUUUGUCAGCCUUUUGCGGUCUGAUAUUAACAACCCUCAUUCCUACCUAAGCUCUUCUUAUCCUAAAUUUAAAUUGGUUACGUAUUUUUCCAACUCUAGUCUACAAGCUAUUGUUCAUUUUGAUAUUUCUUUUCUAUGCCAAAAUUACUGAAGGUAAUUAUUAAUUAAUCGCCUAUUUCCGAAAUAUCUUUAACAAUCAUUUGGUGUUUAUGAUACAAUUUAGGAUCUAAAAAGUGUU